UCAACAUCUACCACGUCUACAUCUACCACGUCCACAUUUACCACGUCUGCAUCUACCACGUCUGCAUCUACCACGUCUGCAACUAACACGUCCACAUCUACCACGUCUGCAUCUACCACGUCCACAUCUACCACGUCCACAUCUACCACGUCUGCAUCUACCACGUCCAAAUCUACCACGUCUACAUCUACCACGUCUGCAUCUACCACGUCUGCAUCUACCACGUCCACAUCUACCACGUCCACAUCUACCACGUCUGCAUCUACCACGUCCACAUCUACCACAUCCACAUCUACCACGUCCACAUCUACCACGUCUGCAUCUACCACGUCCACAUCUACCACGUCUGCAUCUACCACGUCUGCAUCUACCACGUCUGCAUCUACCACGUCCACAUCUACCACGUCCACAUCUACCACUUCUGCAUCUACCACGGCCACAUCUAUCACGUCCACAUCUACCACGUCUGCAACUAACACGUCCACAUCUGCCACGUCUGCAUCUACCACGUCUGCAUCUACCACGGCCCCAUCUAUCACGUCCACAUCUACCACGUCUGCAACAAACACGUCUACAUUUACCACGUCUGCAUCUACCACGUCCACAUCUACCACGUCUGCAUCUACAACGUCCACAUCUACCACGUCUGCAUCUACCACGUCCACAUCUACCACGUCUGCAUCUACCACGUCCACAUCUACCACGUCUGCAUCUACCACGUCUGCAUCUACCACGUCUACAUCUACCACGUCUGCAUCUACCACGUCCACAUCUACCAGUUCUACAUCUAACACGUCUACAGCAGCCACCGGCCAACCCAAGCCAGUUCUUUCCAACCUACUCGAAACGACAUCGACUCCAGUUCCUACAUCUACCAAAUCUACGUCUACAACAGAAUCUACAUCUGCAUCUACCACAUCCACAUCUUCAAUAUCUAAAUCUACCACGUCUACAUCCACCACAUCAACAUCUACCACGUCUACAUCCACCACAUCAACAUCUACCACGUCGAUAUCCACCACAUCUACAUCUACCACGUCUACAUCCACCACAUAUACAUCUACCACGUCGAUAUCCACCACAUCAACAUCUACCACGUCUACAUCCACCACAUCUUCAUCUACCACGUCUACAUCCACCACAUCUACAUCUACCACGUCUACAUCCACCACAUCUACAUCUACCACAUCUACAUCCACCACAUCAACAUCUACCACGUCGAUAUCCACCACAUCUACAUCUACCACGUCUACAUCCACCACAUCAACAUCUACCACGUCGAUAUCCACCACAUCUACAUCUACCACAUCUACAUCCACCACAUCUACAUCUACCACGUCUACAUCCACCACAUCAACAUUUACCAAGUCUACAUCCAACACAUCUACAUCUACCACGUCUACAUCCACCACAUCUACAUCUACCACAUCUACAUCCACCACAUCAACAUCUACCACGUCGAUAUCCACCACAUCUACAUCUACCACAUCUACAUCCACCACAUCUACAUCUACCACGUCUACAUCCACCACAUCAACAUUUACCACGUCUACAUCCAACACAUCUACAUCUACCACGUCUACAUCCACCACAUCUACAUCUACCACAUCUACAACAGCCACCGGCCAACCAAAGCCAGUUCUUUCCAACUUACUCGAAACGACACCGACUCCAGCUCAAGCUCCUAAAACAUCUACCACACCUACGUCUACCACAAAAUCUACAUCUACGACCCUUACUUCAACCACAACAACCACAUCGACUUCGCCUCACUCUACGACAAUACUUGUAACUAGUACAGCCUCGUCUACUCCUACCACGGCAUUUACAAUAACGCCAAUUCCUACAUCCUUACCAUCUACAUCGAUUUCUACUACUACAUUUGCGCCAACGACUGCACCUUUAUCUACCACCUCCACUACCAUAACCACUUCGUCUACCAUUACUUCUACCUCUACUACAUCAACAUCAGUCACUACAUCUACAUCAACCACUGCUGAAACGUCUACCACAACUACUACAUCAACAACACCAUUCCCGUUUUGCGAGGCUGUCCCUUCCUGUUCCUGGAUGGGCGGGGAGUGCCAGUCUGAGUGCCAGGACGAUGAGAAAGCCUACUCUCGUUGCUCAGGCGGUUGCACGUGUUGCGUUCCUGAUCGGAAGUGCAGUUCGACUCCCUGGAAGUGCAAGACACUGGGCGGUGUUUGCCAGAUUCUUGAUCUGACCUCCUUAAGUGUCUGUGAUUCUGUGGAUCUGACGGCUUGUCCUGGCUGUGGGUGCUGUAUUAGUUGUAGAGCCCAGUACAACAAAUCGUGCCUAAAGCUCUACAACGGCUCCUGUAAAUCCAAGUGCGAUUCUUCCGAACUUGAAAUACAAAGAUGCGAGGCCGGGUGCGUUUGCUGUGGGUGUCACGCGAAGAGGAAGUGUACAUCGAGAGGGGGUCUUUGCGUCCCCAGCAAGGCGCACUGCAAGGGCACAGCAUACAGCGCUUGGUGUGAUAGAAGCUGCUUCUGCUGCGUCCCAGAUAUACCUUGUGGGUGGAACACGCCGAAGUGUUUGGAAUAUUCCGGAUACUGCAGCAAAUCCUGCUCAAGCGGAGAAGUGGCUUUAAAUGGGAUAUGCGGAAAAUCAAACUGCGUCUGUUGCAUCAGCGACCCGUCCCCGUGUUCCCAAGGGGAGUGCCUCAGGGUAGGUGGCAGGUGCUCUCGGGUGUGCCCCUCCUUCAUGGAUUCUGUGCCUGAGCUGUGCCCGGGGGAAGACUGCACGUGCUGCCUGUACCUGAAGGCAAACUGAUUAUUCAUGUUAAGGAAAGAAGGAUGACCACACGAUUACUAUUGGAAUUUACAUAAUAAAAUAUAUCAAACGA